GCGCAAACGGGUGCGCACUGGCGGCGGCAAGAAAACCCGCACGUCUCCGCUCACCACACUCGCAGAGUGCACAGCCCGCAUACUGUCAUUGAACUCUUCACCUCGCCUAUUCCCACACAUCAGGACCUAGCUAUGCCUGCCGAAACCACAUCGUUUCUUCCGCUGCCCACACCCGCCACGCCGGGCGACGACGCCAAGCUCCGCGCCAUCUUCGACUCGUUUUCCGGCGGCAGUGCGCGGCUCUCGCGCGAUGGCAUGCUCGAGGUCAUCUGCGCCACCCAGGACGUGAGCCGCACUGUCGCGGCGUCCCAGGUUGACCUCUCGUUGCAGGCCAUGGGCGAGUACGCCGUGCUAGGCGACUACAUCAACGCUGCAGGCGUCACCUUUGAGGGCUUCAAGCUCGCCUACACUCAGUUUGCCGAGACCUCGGUCGACGAGGACUACUUCCUGCUCGAGGCCUUUGGUCUUCUCUCGGCUGCUGCCACCGCCGGCGGCAACGAUUCGUCUGACGAGUAAACGUUUGGCGCUGCUG